GAUUGCCUUUUUGUUCAUCUUGCCCAAUCUCUGACAUUCACGCGUCGUGUGAAGUAUAAGUUUAUUUCGAUAAUUGCCCUGUUCACGAAGUCCCACACUAGAGGCUGCAUCUCGGUACCUGCUCCGAUCUCCUGCCGCGGCUAGAACACGUCUUCACAUCCAGGGGACACGAAUGCGAAACUUGGUACUUAAAAAGCAGGAUUUCCAGACAGUAAACAUACAUACAAACACUAUCAUGGCAGCUUCAACACCCAUAUCGAAUACGAUUUACACCGGCCCCUUUGUGCACAGCAAAUCACUCUCAACACUCGAGAUCCAGGAACGCGGCGCCAUCUUCGUAGACUCCUCCGGCAUAAUCCGUUUCGUCGAGAAAGACAUCCAAGAAGGCGACCUCCCCACUCUCAUCCAACAAAAAGGCGACUCAUGGACAGACGCGAAGAUUGUCGAGAUACCCGGCACUGGCUUCUUCUUCCCCGGCUUCAUAGACACUCACGUCCACGCCCCCCAACACCCCAACACAGGUCUCUUCGGUAAAACUACAUUACUAGAUUGGCUCCAAAAAUACACAUUCCCCAUGGAAUCCUCCUUCUCCAAACUCCCCCUCGCACACCGCGUAUACCAAAACUUUGUCUCACGGACCCUAUCUCACGGCACAACAACAGCCGCGUACUUCGCCACCAUUCACGUCCCCGCCACCAAUGCACUCGCAGACAUAUGUCUGGCACGCGGUCAGAGAGCACUAGUAGGACGCGUAUGCAUGAACAGCGAUUUAAGCCCCGAGUACUACAGAGACUCAAGCACCGAAACAAGUUACGCGGAUUCAAAAGCCAGUAUCGACUACAUCCGCUCCAUCGACCCCAAAGGCGAGAUUGUGAAGCCCGUCAUCACACCCCGUUUUGCGCCGAGUUGUACACCGGAUUGCCUGUCUGCUAUGGGCCGACUGGCGAAAGAGACAGAUGCACAUGUCCAAACGCACAUCUCGGAGAAUAAAGGCGAGAUCGAACUUGUCAAGGAAUUAUUCCCUGAUAGCAAGAGUUAUGCAGAUGUAUACGACACCCACGGCCUCUUGACAGACAAAACCAUCCUAGCCCACGCCGUCCAUCUCACCCCCGAGGAGCGCAAAUUAGUUCUCCAGCGCAAGAGCAAAAUAUCGCAUUGUCCGGCGUCGAAUACGGCGAUUACAUCGGGGUGUGCGCCCAUUCGCGAUCUACUGGAUGAAGGGCACACCAUCGGUCUCGGCACGGAUGUCUCGGGUGGUAAUUCGCCGUCGGUAUUAGAAAAUGUGCGGCAGGCGAUUUGGGUGUCGCGGCAUCUGUGUCUCCAGACUUCGAAAGAUAACGCGAAGCUUUCGACGGAGGAGGCGUUGUUUCUUGCUACGAGGGGUGGGGCAGCCGUGUUGGGGAUGGAAGAUAAAGUGGGUGGGUUUGAGGUUGGGAUGGAGUGGGAUGCUCAGAUGAUUAGUCUUGGUGUUGUGAGUAAGGAUGGUUGUCAGGAUGGGACGUUUGAAGAGGGGCCGGUUGAUGUGUUUGGCUGGGAGAGCUGGUCGGAUUUGGUGGAGAAGUGGGUGUAUAGUGGCGAUGAUCGGAAUACAGUGGCGGUGUGGGUGAAGGGGGCGUUGGUGCAUCGGACGGGGAGGUUUACUGGUGUAGAAAGGGUUGCGACGCCUUGAUGUGACGUAGUUGUCAAAUUGCCUUUCGUGCUCAAUAUAGACCACUUAACAUCAUCUCUCAUCAUAAGACACAAAAAAGACAAAAUAGAAAGUGAGAUACCGGUCACACUGUAAGGCAGAGAAUGGGUCCAAAUGACAGGCGGAAUGUGAGUCAGCAUAGGACGCGCAACAUGAGACUAAACAUAAGGCGGAACAUCAGUCAGAGUG